UUUUCUUUUCAUCGAGGGCAAAAAAGACAAAUAAAUCCAUUAUGGUUCAAUUUCAAAUUCUUAAAUGCACUCUUUUUUCUCGCAUUUUCCAUUUGCCUUCUCGUUCAUCAGGCUAAAUUUAACUAAACGCUUCACCUAGUUCCCAUUAAAGCUCUAGCUGUCCUCAAUAGCUGCGCGAUUUUGAUAAUUAUCAAGCAAGCUAUUGCUAACCUAAUUUUUUUCGUCAAUGGAGCUGCAACCACACGAACAAGAAGAACAACAAUUACUAUUGAAAUCAACUUCAGAACCUGAAUCCAUGGUCACAGUGACACUCGGCAGAGUGAUGAGCACGCUCCUCUCCGCUCGCCCUAAAAAGCUCCACGACUCCAUUUCUCGCCUCUCUCCUCAACACAAAACGACGUCACUUGGUUCUUUAGAUGAGUCGCUAUGGUUUCUGUACAAGUAUGUAAGAGACGCGGUUGAUAGAGAGGAGACAUUGGACGCGAUUCUUGUUCCCAUGAUUGAACACUCAUUAAGAAGCAAGGAGUCAAAGCACGGUGAUCAAGCCAUGAUACUUCUAAAUUGGUUGUUUAAAGAUGAACAUCUUUUCCAAGUUCUGGCCUUGAAUCUUGCUAACAUUAUUAUGAGGAAGGACGAUCGUUAUAUAACCCUUGGCUGGUGUAUCCUUGUGCGCAGUCUCUUGGAGUACGGGACUACAAUGGAUCAGCACUUAUUAAAUGGAAUAAGAGCGAAGUAUGAUGCAUUGUUGAAGAUACUUUGUUCUUGUAUUCCACAGUUAUCAUAUUUUGUAUGUAAAGGAAGUAAUAUGCAGAAUGGAUAUGAGUUGCCAUCUCGCCUUUCAAUAUCUGCUGCUGAUUGUUUUAUAUCUCUGACCGAAGCUUUGACAAAAAAGCCUAAAUUUUCAAGUGACGCUCAAAAACCAUCAAAUUCAAAAGCAUCAGAUCGACCAACUAUUUUAAUGUUGUCUGCCUCUGGGGAGAAGAAAGUGAAACCAACAAAUGAAUCUUCAGAACUCUCAAGCAUGGACAUGGAGUUCUUGCUUUGGGAUCAUCUAGAAGACCUUGUUGUUCUUGUGCAGAGACUCCUUGCAUGGAGCAAAAAAAGUCGGCCUUUACAUGCUGAAGGAUUAGAGAAAGUUCUCAAGUGGUUGGAGGAACUAAAAGGGCAUUAUUGUGGCAUUCAAGAUGAGGCAGGCUCAAAAAAUCUUAAGUCUGGACCACUGCUACUUUCUUCUUGUUGGAAGCAUUACGGCAUGCUAUUGCACUUGGAAGAUCACAAAUUUUUCAAGCACUGCAAAGAACUGUUAGACCAGUAUUUAUCAGGCAUUCAG